AUGGAGGAAGAAAAGAUUAAAGAUGAAUUGGAAGAUUGGAAGGUGUAUGAAACUUUACGUACUACAGAGUUGGACCCAGAAGUGGGCAAUGAUAUCGUAACAGCUCUAAGAAGUGACUUAGCAGGAUUGCAGUACAAACGGGAUAAAUUAAUUUCAGAGAAUAGCGAUUUAAAAAAUCAAAUGUUGUCCCGAGAUCAAAGAAUAUUAGAGCAACAAGUAGAGAUAGAUCAUCUUCGAGAACAAAAUGCUCGCCAAAAUGCAAUCAUAUCGUCCCUUAAAAAGAAAAUUCAAGAUCUCGAAGAAUUUAACCGUAACCUGCAAACCUCGCAAGGUAGAAGUGAGCUUAAUGUUCAGACUCUUCAAAGGGAUAAUCGAUACUGUGAAGAAAAAAUUAAAGACUUGGAAAAGAAAUUAAGGUCUUUGGAGUUGGAUUGUCAUAAUGAAGAGCAACAAAAAGAAAAUGCACGAUGUCAAUUUCAUGACCUCGUAAGGAGACUGUCAGUCGCUCUGGAUGCCGAAUUUUGUGAUACGACACAUACACAUUCUCCGGAAAGUUUAAUCAUUAAAGCUGCUGAACUAGUUCAAGAAAUAACGAGGCUCAAGAAUAGAUGCAUGAACACGACAGAAAAUCUAUCAACCAUUGAACAGGAUUUAAGAAGUUGUAGGGAUACCUUAGAAAGAGCUAACGCUGAUAAAGAUAUCCUUCAACGUCAGCUCUCCUCACAGCUGCUCGAUAUAGAAAGGUUAAAACAGGAAAAAGAGUCUCUCUCAGUCUCAAAUAGAGUAUUAGAUAGAGAACUUCAUGAAGCUAGAGAAAAAUUAUCACACUGUUCUAAAAAUCUCAAUGUGGUCACAGAUAAUGUUAAUCAAAAUGAAUCUAUGAUUAUUCAAUUGAAAGAGGACUUGAGACAUCGAGACGAGAAAUAUCAAAGGUUACAAACAGAAUUUCGUAAUACGAUGGAAUCUAUUGCUAUCUUAUUAAGCUUGCCAACUCGUUUCGUUGAAGCUCAUGAGAGUACUAUUAAAGACCGUAUUAGGGAAAUCUUAAGUGACAAUAAGGACAAAUCUGUGCAAUUAGAAGCUUUACGUGACAAGCUAAACAUGGAAAGCCAACAAUUAGGCAGAACUGCUCAUUUACACGACCAGGCCAACACACGCGUUCGUAUAUUGGAGGAUGAAAGGAAUAUGCUAGAAGCUAAGGUGCAUAAACUGGAAUCAGAACUAAAUGCUUUGGAGCUCUCAAAGGACAAUUUGAGAAAGGAAAAAGCUAACUUCGUAGCAUUCCUUGAAAGACUAAGCCGGACGCUUAAUAUGGAUGAGUUGACGCAGGAUAUCGGUAUAGAACUCCACACCGAGUCCAUUAUGCAUAGGGCCGAGCAACUUGCAAGACUCGAGAGCGAUAAAAUUGUAGACAAGCUGCUAUAUUAUGGAUAUUAUGGCACGCUGCCGAGACUGCGCAGAGAAAGAUCUUUCCAUGAUUUACCUUAUAUUAAAGAAACGGCAGUAGUGUACCAAUUGCAACGCCGUAUUAGAAUAUUGAGGGAACAGCUUCAAAGGAAAGAUCUGCAUCUAGAUUUAUUGCGCCGUAAGCUAAGCGUUCAAGACGAGAGCUGCCGCGUCCGCGCAGUUUUGCAAGCAGAGAGAGAUGAAGCAGUUGGAAGAAGUAAAAAAUUAGCAAGACAAUGUGACAAGUUAACUGUGCAACUGAGUGACGCCCGAUCACAAUUACGCGAUCUUAAUGCCCAACUUGCUGACGCAGCCGAGUACAAGAUAACAUCAUUGGAAAGAGCAAGGAAAAUAGAGGAGCUUCAGAAAAAGUUGGAGGAAGCAGAAAUGCUUAGAGCGAGAUACAAUCGAAAAGUUAAUGUAUUGAAAGAUCAAGUACGUGCGACAGGAGAGACUUUCGAACAAGAGAGAAAUAGUACUGAGCAUCAGAUAAGUGUACUCCGAGAUGAUCUUGCUCGAACUAAGGAAGCCCUAGUGGAGUGUCAGAGACGGGAGGCACAGUUACAAAGUUUCAGACAUUCGAUAGCAAAGUUACUGGGUAUUCUGGUGCCGGCUUCUAUAUCGGACUUCGAGAUGGUGUCCCGUCUACAGAAGCUUAUUGACGCCCACCACGAUUUCACUGUUGUGUCCCGGCGCUACGAUGAUCCCGCCCUGCUGCGUGCUUCUUCUAGAUCCCCACCACCUUCCAGAUGCAGGACUAGAACUCCUGACAGAUCUCUCCGCUACGACGACUCCGGAUACGCGGACCCCGCGUUCGACCUCGAAGAUGAUCUGUACAAAACACGCGCCGCCUUGUGACAGUCACGCCGCCGCCGCGCCCACUUCUAACCACGCGGAAUUAUUGGCACAAACCCACAUUGAUUAUACAAAUCCGAAUGAUAUUGUUUCCUGUAACUUUGGUGUUGUUGAAGCAACAAUUUCAUCCUAAAGGGACAAGGGAAGUUUACGCAGUAUCCACAAAACAAAAUGUUACGUUCACCUAGUUUUAGAUACUAAAAAUAUUUAUUGGCAACAAAUAAUUAGAACAAUUCUAAGUAAACUAAUUCUUUGGCUCUGUCAUAGAGCUGGAUAAACGGUUUAUUUAUGUAACAGCGGGCAACUGAGUUUGUGGUUCGCCUGAUGGUAAGUGAUCAGCAACGCCCAUGGACACUUGCAGAAAUAGGACCGCUGUAAAUGAAUUGACCGACUUGAUUAAUAAGGUUGAUGGUGCCGAUGAGAUUUUACGUUUAAAAGGUUUCAAUUCGAAGUGUUUGAAUUAAAUAAAUAACGGAAUCCCUAAAACGAACCUAACUAAAUAUUUACAAAUUUAUUAAGAGCAAGAAUACGAAAAGCUGUUUUAUUCUAUGAAGUCAAUUAAGUUGUUGACCUUUGCAGAAUUUUUGGAAUAAAUAUCACUCACCAUUAAAUUUCAAAUAGGUACUGCUAUCGCUUUAAACAAUGUAACAUAUUUUUUUUUUUGUUAUAUUUAUUCAUUUAUUUGUGUAGUGAUAGGUAGUUUUAUAUUAAAUGAUAGUUGGUACGUAACCAUGCUUCCAUAAUCCAUUAACGAAAUACAAAUUUGUUAUGUUAUUUAUUUUUUAUGACACUUAAAUGUUACUUAUAUGUCUAGUUCGUAUGUUAAAAUAUUUACAGAUGAAAAAGUAUUAUGAGUAAGUAUCCAGAUUUGUAAUGUUAAGGCCCCAAUAUUUAAAUUUAAUGUAGCGUAUUUAGAAAAUAUUUCACUUCGUAUUUAUAGUUACAAUGUAUACAUCUAAGGUCCACCGAUACACGUAGUGUUUUGGGCACACAUAAAUCACUUAUGUUUUUCAUAUAUCUUUCUAGAAUAUGUGUGAUAUGGGCGUAACCAGAUGAGGAGAAAAUUUAUGGGUUCAAUGGAAGACCCAUUAUAACCCAUAGUACAUAAGCCGUUCAUAUUUCCGUUACCGUUCAUAAUAAGCUGAAUCCCGUAAUAUAAAAUAGGGAUACACAUAUUUCACAUUGGACUAUGGUCCAUUAGAAUAUCAGUAUUGCACAGCGAACCACUGCAAAUUUUAACAUAUAUAGUAAAUUGUUACAUAUCGUUACUGAAUGUGUUCACGUAAAUAUACUUUAAUUUUAGAAAUGAAAUUUACACAAUAAAGGUUCUUAAUAUG